AUGUCGGGCAGGCGACUGGGAGGAGGAGGAGGGGGAGCAGCGUUGGCGACAGGGCUGACCUGCAUGGCGAGCGUGCUCGCUCUCAUGGUCUUGAUCUCCUCGCCCCAGAGGAAGGCUGAGCUGGCGGAGAAGAGUGCGCAGCAGCCUGCGAUUUCCACAGCGCAGUUGUACGCAUCCAUGCACCCACAAUUCAAGAAGUGUGCUGGGCAGGAAGACAUGUCCAAGUUCAGUGAGCUCAUCAGGGAUAAGUGUGGAAACCUGAAGCAGAGCUCUUCAUGUGGAAAAGAAUGCGCCGUCGCCAUGCGGCAGAAGGCCGAAGCCUUUGGAUGCUGCUGGCCAACCCUGAUGGCUGGAUACAAGGCAUUAGACAAGGAAGCAGGACAUGCCUGGACUAGCUGGGAGCAGUCGCUCAGUGAGAAGUGUGGAGUGACGUUCGAGGGAGCGACGUGCAAGUCAGAGGAGGGGAAGUCGGAGCUGUCGCAGGUGGAAGCAGAGGUGUCCAGCCUGCAACGCAAAGAGGCGCGUGACAACAAGCUGAUCCAGGAUCUGCUGAAGCAGCUCAAGGGGAGCAAGCAGCAGUCAAACGCUUGUGUCCUCGAUGGGUCUCAGCUGCGAUGUGGCGCUACAACCAUCGCUCUCUCCAGGCUCCCCCUCCCUCACGCUGGAAGUCGCCAGCCCGGGGCUUUGUCAGGGCAGCCCGACAUCUAUUCAUGGAUGCCGAACCAAAUUGCUCCGGUCGACCAGCAGGAGGUGUCAGCGCCGACUAAGGCCAUCUUUCCUCCUAAGAUCUUCGGCGAGCCUCACGAUGCGCACUUGCAAGCAGAGCAGAUGAAAGUUCGAACAGCCAGCAAGAAUCGAUUCAGCAGGCAUUCUUCCUCUGCACACCAGCUGGCUAUGAAGGACGCGCAUUCACAGCAAGCAAAGAAGGACAACAUGAGCUUUCUCAACAUCCUUAGCGACGCCUGGCCCUGGCAACGAGGCGCUUUCAAGGAUGUGCAGCAACCGGUUCGUCUUCGCCCACACAAGUUCAGCAACCAAGUGUUUGGGGACAAUACUGCCAAGCUGCGCAACGCCAUCCCCCUCGCCCCUUCUCCUUUCCCGGACGCGCCAGCGGUCCCCGAGAGACAAGUGAGGCCGGCAGGGCAGGAGGGAAUCGUGUGGGGCAGCUCGCACAGUUGGGGACCGUCAGACAAUCGCAUGAAGCUCGAGCAGCGAACGUCUCGCAGGCCAAUCUUGAACUUGGGAUCCAAUUCUCCCUGGUCGAAGGAGGCAGGACUGUCGAGACCUCACGACCCUGCGGCUCGACGGCUUGCGCGGGCAGGCGUGAAUGUGAACGGAGGAUUGCAGGUAUGA